CGAGGGAGGGAGGCGAGGCCAAGGAGGGGACGAGCGCGCCUCCGCGGCCUGGCGCUGCGGGCCAGGAUGGCUGCCAGUAUGGUCCUUCGCAUCGCUCUCAGUCUGCUCGGCUGGCUCUCGCUCUACAGCUGGUCACGCCACCGGUACAAAGACCAGACGUACGAGUGGAGCUGCCGGCUGGUCACGCUCACCCACGGAGUCCUGGCCACCUGCCUCUCUGGCUACAUCGGCUUCAUUGAUGGCCCGUGGCCGAUGUCCUACCCAGGGUCACCAAACACCCCUCUCCAGGUACAUGCCUUGUGUAUGAGCCUGGGCUACUUCCUCUUUGACCUCGGCUGGUGCGUCUAUUUCAAGGCAGAAGGCGCCCUGAUGUUGGCCCAUCACACCGUCAGCAUCCUGGGGAUCACCGUCUCCCUCGCCUUGGGCGAGUCGGCGGCCGAGGUCAACGGCGUCAUCUUUGGGAGCGAAAUCACCAACCCGCUCCUGCAGGCCCGCUGGUUUCUCCGGGAGAAGGGACUCUACCACACGCUGGUGGGGGACGUGGUGGAUUUCUUCUUCGUGGUCCUCUUUGGAGGGGUGAGGAUCGGGGUCGGGGCUUGGCUGAUGUACUGCGUGUUGCGGUCGCCCAAGCCGAAGUGGUUCAUCAAGAUGGGGGGAGUCGUCAUGUACGCCGUGUCGUGGGUUUUCAUGGUCAGCAUAUGCCGGUUUGCGCGCCGGAAAAGUAUAAAGAAGUACCACGCGUGGAGGAGCUGGUGGAGGAAAGAGAUGAAUUUGAACACCAACGGAUACCUGAAGGAGCACUGAUCCCCCAUUGGGCUGGGUCCAUGUUCACAAUCGGGCAAGGAAAAUUCUCUCAAGACGUGGCUCCACAAGUCCGUGUUUGGGAGAAGAACCCUAUCAGAGGGAAGAGCAAGCUCAGCCUAGUGGUUAAUAUAAUAAUAAUAACAACAAUAACGGUUGAACUGCAGAG